AUGCAACAGUUGGUGUGUCCCACAAAAGUUCCUUUGACACACGCAGCAACAUCACAAACCACCAUGGUGACCGUCGCAAUUAUUGGGGCCGGCCCAGCAGGUCUCGUUGCGGCCAAAACACUCCUCAAGUCAUCUUCCCAAGAUUCCAUCUUCCAAGUCACAGUAUUCGAGCAGGGGACCGACGUUGGGGGUCUCUGGGCCGUGGAAUCAAAUCCCAAUGGAAUCAUCAAUCCUGAAAUGCAUACCAAUCUUUCGCAAUUCACCGUCUGUUUUUCUGAUCUUGCCUGGGAUUCGGUAGAGAUGCAGCCUCCGGCCAAUAUAUAUCCUAAAGCGUGGCAAGUUCAUCGAUACUUGAAGGAAUAUUCUGCGAGAUAUAUACCAGCUGGCACCAUCGCUUUCCAAACCUGCGUGAAAGUGAUCGAACACAUCCAAACCUCUCCAGAGGAGGCGACCAAGAAAUGGAAAAUCACAAGCCUCGCGCUCGAAGGGGAAACUCCCAUCGAAAAGAUUGAGAUUUUCGACUAUCUGAUCAUUGCAUCUGGAUUUUUUUCCCAGGCCAGAAAAAUUCCAUUUCCAUGCACCAACCUGAUUCAAAAACAAGAUGGCCAACCAUCUACCAUCCUCCACAGCUCCCAAUACCGGCAACUUUCCGAUCUCUCACCCACCCAACCACAACCCCUACCAGGAAAAAUCCUCAUCAUAGGGGGUUCUCAUUCCGGUGCUGAAGUAGCCUCCCUAAUCGCCAUGCAGAUAUCCGACGCGCAGUAUUCGUCUUCUGGAACUGGGACUGGAACUCUUCCUACAGAGAUAAUACACGUGAUGCCUCAUCCUCUCGUUUCCAUACCAUCUUUUGUCCGCAGCGGAAAUGAAAAACUCCCUUCAUUUGUGCAAUUAGAUUCGCGUCUUUACGAUCUCUCGUCGCGACCGGAGGGACCGAUUUUAUUCACUUUUGGACUUUCGAAUGCGGAGAAGAGGAAAAAAUUAACAGAUACGCUUAAUAUGCUUAUGUCUGGGACAGUGGAUGUAGGAAACGACGACGAAGUUGAUUUGGGAGCUCCGUAUGCGGUUGUAGGUGACAAGUAUGCGGAAUUCAUCAGAUCUGGUGCGAUCAAACAAGUAUUUGGUCGGAUCUCUCAGCUCGAACCACAAACACAAAACAGCAGUUUAAUGCUCGCAACCAUUGAAUCGCAAUCCGAGCAAAUCAAAAUAGAAGAAAUCGCAGCCGUCGUGUACGCGACGGGAUUUUCCACCUCUCCAGUGUUGAAUUUCCUACUAGAAGAGAUUAAAGAGAGUUUAGGCUACAACGCCUCAUAUCCCCGUCUUCCUUUGCUGCUAAAUGAAGAUUGUAUGAGCAGCUCUAGAGAUUCGCCCAGCAACUUAGCACUCAUGGGAUUUUUCGACGGAUCAUAUUGGGGGAUUUUGGAGAGUCAAGCGCGCGUGAUCGCGAGGAAAUGGGGCAAGCAAGCCAGCGGACUUUCUUCUCCUGCUCAUGAUCGUGAAGAGAUAGACGACGAUGAUUCCUCGAAUCUCCGUGCCUUUAUGAAAGAACUGAGGAUCAUGAUGGAUAAAGACCCUUCAUCCGUCCCCCAAAAUUUCUUCAGUGAUUACCCCGGCUUAAUGGAGGAAACCGCUCGAAAACUAGGGCUUCAGAAGAUAAACCUAUCAUGGGGCGAAAGAGAAGGAAUGGUGAGUCCAGCUAGAUACGUCGACUCACAGUGCAACAUCACCGAAGCCCAGAUAGUCAUGCAAAAACUCCAAAAAACACUCCAAGACUCCCGGGACGGAAAGGCCAUUUUCGCUAAAUCCACUUUCCGUGGCCUCCAAGGAAACUGGAAGGACUUCAGCGCAAAAACCGAAUUUCCUGAAUCAUCCCCCAAGAGCUCGAGCUCGUUCCACCCCCGCUACCCGACAGAUACAACUUCAGAUCUCGAGUAUCUCUGCAUCACACAGUGUGAAGAAUCCAGCAAUCCCCUCCCCCGAUCAAUCUACCGACUCCGCGAAAGCGCAAACCAAAUCGAGGUUUGGAGUGUUGAUUCGAAAAGCGGAUCAGUAGCUGAUAAGAAAUGUUAUGUUCUCGAUUUUAACAACGGCAUCGUCGAGGAACAAACAGAUGUGAAUCGAGUUACUGUUGUAGCCAAAGGAAGUCCUGAUGUAGAUUUGAGAUAUAGAAUUAUACAUUCAUUCUGUUUUGCGGGUGUGGGAAUUACAGAAUUCAAGAUUGAGUAUUUUGACGAGGAGAAUGUCAAGGUUGAUUCUGGGUUUCAUUUUGUGCGAUGA